AUGAACGAGAAAGAGACAUUGGAGGAAUUCUAUAACAAGCUUGUUCAGCUUGUUAAUCAAACGAAGAGCUAUGGUGAUGACAUUCCUGACAAGAGAUUAAAUGAGAAGAUUUUAAUCUCUUUACCCUUUAAGUUCGAGCCCAAGAUUGCUGUAAUUGAAGAAACUAAAGACAUCUCCACCAUAAGUGUUGAAGAGUUGAUCGGCUUACUAAAGUCCUAUGAGCAAAGAUUGAAUCGAUACUCUGAAAAAUCUGUUGAGAGUGCUUUUCAAUCAAUGCUCAAUCUUGAUUCCAGAAGUACAGACAAAAGGCCUCAAGAAUCAUCUAGAGGUGGAAGGUCUGGUAGAGGAAGAGGAAGAAAUUCAAGAGGAAGAGGCAGAGGAAGUUAUGAUCGAAAAAUUGAAAGUGACACCUCUCAAAAGAAGUGUAGAAUUUGUAAUAGGAGCAGCCAUGAAGAGAAGGAUUGUUGGUUCAAGGGGAAGCCACAAUGCCACAACUGCAAGAAGUUCGGCCACUUGAAGAAGGAUUGCCGUUUCAACUCCAACCAGCAAGCAAAUUACACUGAGGAGAAAGAAGAUGAAGGAAUCUUUCUUGAUAUGGACACAAGUUAUCAUUCGCAAGUAAGACUUGGCAAUGGAGCAUUGGUGGAAGUAAAGGGAAAAGGCACUAUUGGUGUUCAAUCCAAGAGAGGUGCUGAACAUAUUCAUGAUGUUCUUUUUGUUCCUGAUUUAGACCAAAGUUUGCUUAGUGUUGGACAGCUUGUGGAGCAUGGAUAUUCUAUUCACUUUGAAGAUGGAGAAUGUAUCAUAUUUGACAACAAACAAAAGAAGCAAGUUCUAUAA